AUAGUCGGGAUUGCGCUCCUAGUACCGUGAGCAGCUAACUGGCAGGAGUCCUAACCUGGUGUUUAAACGUAUAGCUCCGCCGAACAGUCCGUUUGGUCCGAUUUGUUGGAUCUUUAACGUUUUUUUUUUUUCUUUCAGUAAAUAUUAAUUAUAUGACGUUAGUCGUCUUAUCGUUACAUAUAUUUAAUAGAGCCCGCAGCGCAUGGAGUCUUUGGUGUCGGCGAGGCGCUUUGUUGUUGAGAAAAUGUGCAGUUAGUGUUAGCUAGCCGCAGCCAGGCUCGGACCGCCGCCGCCGCCGCACGGUGUGGACAAGCAGGGAGCGGAGAGGAGAAGCUGCUGUUUGCCGAACACCCCGAAACCGACCCGAACGAUGGGUCUGAUAUUCGCCAAACUGUGGAGCUACUUCUGCAACCAAGAGCACAAGGUGAUUAUUGUGGGUCUAGACAAUGCAGGCAAAACCACCAUCCUUUACCAAUUUCUGAUGAAUGAGGUCGUUCAUACGUCGCCCACCAUUGGGAGCAACGUGGAGGAGAUAGUAGUGAAGAACACCCACUUCUUGAUGUGGGACAUAGGGGGGCAGGAAUCUCUGAGGUCCUCCUGGAACACCUAUUACUCCAACACAGAGUUCAUUAUUCUGGUGGUGGACAGCACCGACAGAGAGAGGCUGGCCAUUUCUAAAGAGGAGCUCUACAGGAUGUUGGCUCAUGAGGACCUGCGGAAGGCAGCUGUGCUGAUUUUUGCCAACAAGCAGGACAUGAAGGACUGUAUGUCAGCAGCGGAGAUCUCCAAAUACCUCACCCUGAGCUCCAUCAAAGACCACCCCUGGCACAUCCAGUCUUGCUGUGCUCUUACCGGAGAGGGUUUAUGUCAAGGCCUUGAAUGGAUGACCUCCAGAGCUGGACUCAGAUAGCCCCCUUCUCCAGCCAUCGAUGCCUGAAUAUCUGCACCUCUUCCCCCCUGAGGUGGCACACUAUUUUUGUCUCUACUUUCCCCCCUUUUUCUUCUUGUUUUUCUUCUUUGUUAAUGACAUUACAACAGGACAGCAGCGCUGACAGACCUCCAUACAUUUAUUAAUGGGGGAGUCAGAGCUACAACAAUGACUGAGAAGAUCAUGUCAAACAAGGACGAUGUACACUACAAAACAUAUCAUGUUGCAUUACUUCUCAUCAAGCUGAGUACGAGGAGACUUUAAUAUGGUGCAGCUUUCUUCAGGUCAAACAGAGGAAUUACACAGUAUUAUGAAAGCAGCUAUAAGUUGUUCUAGUAAUUUGUCAUUGUUUUUAUUUAGUUCCUAUUCUGAGCAAAGAUGUUGGUGUGUUACAUUUAAUUUCAGUUUCAUAAGCUACAGUCAUCAGAUGUCUCAUUCAUUUGGAGGUUUGAACCUGUUAAAUACCAGAUUCUUUUCUCUUGUUUUGCUAUAAAUAAUCCAGGCUAUUCUUAAACUAGAAUGUCAGCAUGCUAAAUUACCAAGAUGGAAAAACACAACUUAAACAUCACUUCGACUGCAAGUCAUAGCUUGGUUUUAACAGUAUUUUUCAGCAUUUUAUAAGUGAUGCAUUAUUUGUGUUUUCCCUAUAGUCAUUUUUAGUGGAUGAUAGGUUAGUAUCUUGACUUGUUUUACUCCAUCUUUCUCUUGAGCUGUUUUUGUAAUUUUUAAACAAGGGGAUCAGCAGAAGCCACUAUCAAACAGGUGCCAAGCAUCAACAGGAAGACUGUUGCUCAUGAGCUGCUUGCACUGUAGUGUUCAGUGGUUGAAGGCAAGCAAGGGGAUUUCAGCUGGUAUUGUUUUGGUUCUUGAUGUUCAGCCUUAACAGAACUUCUCUAGUCUGCCUGAUUCAUUUCUUUUUCCAGCUUGUUGAAAGCGUCCUUUAACUUACCAUCACAUCUAUGCACAUGCCACUUUGAGACCCUGUUACACAAGUUGAGAAGUGGCCAAACUAUAAGGUGCAUGACUUACAAUGAGCAUGAGUCGUCAAGCAGCCACAGGAAGUUGAACCAUGCAGCAGCGAGGCUUACAGCGUUUAGCUAAAGCUCACAAAGCAAAGAAAAUGGUGUCAUGUACUGUUGUGACAUCUCGUCCAGAUCAUGUACUGCAUUUAUUUUCAUUAAACGGUUGUUUUUGAA